GAUGACGUUAAAGAAAAAAAAUCGAAGAGGUAUCCAUCGGUCUGGGAACAGUCUCGCAGGAAAUAGAGUCCAGUGUACUUUACGCCUCACGCUUUCAUUCGUCAAAUCCUUUUGUGAUAUUUUGGCGACCCCGUAAUUCGAUUCCAAAUGACUCGGUAUGUAAGCAGUUGUUUCAUUACUCUGCUCGUUCUGUUCCUUUGGCGGGUCGAAGACAUCGCGGACGCUUGCACAUGCUUCCCUCGGCAUCCUCAACAGGCUUUUUGCAAUGCAGAAGUUGUGAUCAGGGCGAAGGUGGUUGGAAAGGAAGCGGUGUCGAACGCCAUCAAGUAUGACAUCCAACAGAUCAAGAUGUUCAAAGGUUGUGACCAGGUUAUCCACGCCAUCUACACUUAUACCACUUCGUGCAGCGUGACUCUAGAAAUCAACAAGGAAUAUCUCUUCACAGGCAAGCUGAAGACUGGAAGGAUGUCUAUAACACAGUGUGGCUAUAAUCCGCCUUGGGAGGACUUGAGUGCUGCACAAAAGAACAGCUUGACUCACCGCUACCAAAGCGGCUGUGAUUGCAAGAUCAUACGCUGCACUUCCCUCCCCUGUCCAAUCAGCACCUCAGAUACGUGCCUGUGGACAGACUGGGGAACCGACAAUGGCCAAAACCUUGCCUGUAUCAAGAGGCCAGAUGGGUCCUGUGCCUGGUAAAAGGGGAUAGCACUACCCAAGAAGUAGUUCCUGGAUAUUGGAGACUCCUAAACUCUACAGGCCACAUCCACUCACUGCUCAGUGACUAAAGAUGCCUGCAAUUAAUACAUGAGGAAACACAGCUACAAAUGCAAGUUGUUGUGAUUUUUAAAUUGUUUCCUGGUCACUUCUACAAGUGCAUUUUAAAAUAAACAUAUCUAGCACUCAAGGUAA